AGUGUUGUUGUUCGGCGUAUAAUGCGUUUUGUUUUGUGUUGAAUCGCGUGAAAUAAACAUUUUAAAAUGUCCAAGUCCAUACCCGACAGGUGGCUGGAUUACAAGCCCUAUGGCGAGGUUAUUAAUGGAACAAAUAUAAUGGCCUUCAAAGUGCCCCUCAAAGAGUCGGUCGCAAAGAACCUGCAGCCCGAACAACAGUUUACAACGGCAAUUUUAAUGAAAGCAUUCCCGAAAAUGAAGUACAUAAUAGACUUGACGAACACAACGCGGUACUACGACCAAACGGACUUCACCAAAGCCGGCAUCAAGUACCAGAAAGUUAUGAUCCCGGGGAUGCAAGUGCCGUCGAUGGAGUAUGUAAAAAGAUUCUUCAAAGCGUUAGAAAAAUUCACGGCCGAAUGCCCGAAUGAUGAAGUAAUUGGCGUUCACUGCACUCAUGGUGUAAAUCGGUCUGGUUAUUUGAUAUGUCGGUAUCUUGUGCAACAGCUAGGUUGGAAACAUGCUGAUGCCUUGAAAGGCUUCGCAGAGGCGCGCGGGUACCCGCUUGAGCGCACCACCUACAUCAGCGAUCUGAACCGCAGCCCCAUCGGCACGAAGAUCGACGUGAGCAAGGUGAACCUGAACGCGCCCAUCAAGACCAAGUCACGGCAAGCCAUGAAGCACCACGGCAACCGACCGCCCUUCCAUUCCGCUCUGGGACCUCCCAUCGUCAUGCCACCGCCACCACCCCGACGCGGUUACCUAAACGGUGGUCCCUUCCACCAACCGCCACCUGGCAAAUUUGGCCUGCCACCGAGAGGUCCUGGCUACGGGCCCCUACGCCAUCCGCCAACGAUGCCCGGUCCCCUACCGCUGGCGCCACCCCGAGGCCCGGCCAUGUUCGGCCCACCACCGAGGAUAUUGCGAAGUGGGCCCUUCGGGCACCCGGGAUCCCUGCCUCCGCCAUCGAUGCGACACGGGCCACCGAUGGUACCACCGGGGCCGCCAUUACCUAUGCGCCUCCUGCCUGGCCCACCGAGGCCGCCGGUGAUGGGCCCACCAGGUCCACCGCCCAGAUUACCCCGGGUCGUGCCACCGCGCCCUGUUCUUCCAAUGGUACCCGUCCCGCCCAGGAUGCCCCCGGCCAAGAUACCCCGUCUCAAGGGUGUGGCUCCGGGCCGUACUGGCAUGCGCUCUGCCUCCAAACAGCAGCACAAGCAACAACCGCAACAGCAACAACAGCAGCAACAACAACAACAGCAGCAGCAGCAACAACAACAACAACAACAACAGCAGCAGCAGCAGCAGCAACAACAGCAACAGCAGCAGCAGCAGCCGAUCAAGGACCAGGACUUUACGGUGGACGACUUUGAGGAGAAUUUGGCGGCCAAGCCGGUGAAGCCCAAUCGCAAAAGGGCUUAUCCGAGGCACUGACGCUGAGCCCUGCGCCGCUACUUUUCUGUUCAGGACGCGCCGACGAGGAUGAGGGGUAGAAUGUUUUUACCGCGUGGCCGGCAUAUCGGCUGACACCGUCAGCUGGUGUCUCUGUGUGUGUGUGUGUGUGUGUGUGUGUGUGUGUGUAUGCGUGUGCGUGUGGGUCACUUUUGAGCGUAUAAGUGAACAAGCCGCCCCCUUCCCUCCCAUUUCUUCCCCACUGUUUUACCAUUUUAUUGUAUUUUUACACCUUUGAGCGACACAAAACUGAUCGGCUCCUUCAUUUUAUCACUCCUCCCUCUCGCAAUUCAUUCCUUGCGAUUCUCCGUCUGAACAAUAAAUUAAUUUUAACGUUUUUCGUUGCUUUUUGUUUAUUUAUUUUAUUUCAUUUUUAUUUUUAUUUUUUCGUGUUUUAUUCGCGCACGGUAUGCUUGCGGCAUGUGUGUACCAUGACGAUGGAUACAACAAUGUACUUUUUAUACCUACCGCUGAGCCGACCAGUUUCGUUGUCCUGGUAAAGAAUGAACUAUCGAAUGUAAUUUUUUUUUUUUUUUUUUUU